AUGUCAUAUAAACUCACCAGAAGCGACGUCUUGGGGGACAAUGAGGAGACCGCCGCCAUUCGGGCCGCCAGCAACCCCAACCCAGCCGUCCUUCGUGCUUUGUUAGACUAUCAUAGACGAAAGCUCCGUGAACUUAAAGGAUGCUCGCCCAAUGCAAAUGUCGGCGGUGGCGGUAUGAGCAUUUACGAGUCACCACUAACAGCCGCCAUUCGCGCCAAUUCGUCGGAAAAUGUCCGGCUCCUUCUGGCCCGUGGUGCGGAUCCCACAGGCAUCAACAUUUGGACUUUAUCUGACUACUCUUCGAGGUUCAUGCGUGGCCGAGACGCCAAAGUCGACAUUUCGAGUUAUGGCCCGUGCCAGACACGGCUGUAUAUUCUAUCAGUCGCAAAGAGAAAGGGAAUCACCGAGCAGGCACAGCCGUUGACACAAGCGGAAUUGGAUGAGCGACGCACCAGCUUUCCACGAUUUUGGACCGAGCCAAAUAUCCCAGGCCAGCGACUUAGGAUGACCAAAGGCAUCACAGCUUUAGAAGUCGCUGCUAGUCUAGGCUUUGAGGAUCUCUUCGCUCUGGUUCGUGAAGCCGGGGCCGAUGAGUCUGCGUGGAUCAGCCCUUCUGGUCAAGCCGACUUCGAUGAGACCAAGCCGUCGUCGCUAAGCAUCACAUCCCCUGUACACGAAGCCAUCGAACAUGGCCAACACGCCAUGCUUGACAAACUACUCAACAAAUAUCAUUACUCGCCUAAUUACCGUGCAAUGGUAGCACCCACAGUUGCCUUUCCACCACUUUCCUUUGCACUGGGUCGAUGCGACCCAAACGAUCCCAACAUCCGGGCUUGUAUCAGCCAUCUUCUUGCGCAUCCAGAUAUCGACCUAAAUUUACGGACUCCUAUCUUUGAUAUCCAUCCACUUCACUUGGCAGUUGCUCGCCAUGACCCAGAUCUCCUAUCCCUUCUGCCAAUGCCGCUUUCCAGCGCAGGAACGACAGCUUUAGGGCAUACAUUACUCCAUAUCGCCUCACUCCCACUUACCGCAAUGUCCAUGAAUCGAGAAAUCCCUGAAGCCGUAAGAAGUGUUCAUUGCGCCCGUACGCUAGAUUCAAAAUGGCUUCCACAUGCACAGCCCAGUCCGCUGCACUUGAAUACAGAGAGAACAGUCGUGGUGGAAAAUCCAAGGCGCCCUAUCGAUCCCCCGACUCCUUUGACUCCGGCCGAGCAGGAUGCACAGCUCAGCACUCUUCGUGUACUUGCUAAAGCGGGGAUCGAUAUCCGCGCUCAGGAUAUGGAUGGAAAUACUGCAUUACACUAUCUUGCUACUGCGUUGAAUGGGGAUCCUAGAGCCAUGCAACUACUACGGAAAAUGAAUGGAGGUGAGGAGGUCUACAAUAACUGCAAGAACCGGGAGGAUCUGACGCCCCGUGCCCUGUGGGCAGCUUGCAAUGGAGCUGGAUAG